AUGCCCCCCCCUGCGCCCGGGGCCCGGCUCCGGCUUCUCGCCGCCGCCGCCCUGGCCGGCCUGGCCGUCAUCAGCCGAGAGUGCCCCACACACCUCUUCUCGGGUCUCUGCUGCUUCAUCGACGAGCAUGUGACCCGCGUGGCCUGGCUGAACCGCUCCAACAUCCUGUAUGCGGGCAAUGACCGCUGGACUAGUGACCCGCGGGUGCGGCUGCUCAUUAACACGCCCGAGGAGUUCUCCAUCCUCAUCACGCAGGUGGGGCUGGGCGACGAGGGCCUCUACACCUGCUCGUUCCAGACCCGCCACCAGCCGUACACCACUCAGGUCUACCUCAUCGUCCACGUCCCCGCCCGCAUCGUGAACAUCUCCUCGCCUGUGACGGUGAAUGAGGGAGGCAAUGUGAACUUGCUUUGUCUGGCUGUGGGGCGGCCAGAGCCCACGGUCACCUGGAGGCAGCUCCGAGACGGCUUCACCUCGGAGGGCGAGAUCCUUGAGAUUUCCGACAUCCAGCGGGGCCAGGCCGGGGAGUAUGAGUGUGUGACUCACAACGGGGUUAACUCGGCGCCCGACAGCCGCCGCGUGCUGGUCACAGUCAACUAUCCUCCAACCAUCACGGAUGUGACCAGCGCCCGCACGGCCCUGGGCCGGGCCGCCCUCCUGCGCUGCGAAGCCAUGGCGGUGCCCCCCGCGGACUUCCAGUGGUACAAGGAUGACAGACUGCUGAGCAGCGGCACCGCCGAGGGCCUGAAGGUGCAGACGGAGCGCACCCGCUCGAUGCUUCUCUUCGCCAACGUGAGCGCCAGACAUUACGGCAACUACACGUGUCGCGCCGCCAACCGGCUGGGAGUGUCCAGCGCCUCCAUGCGGCUCCUGCGCCCAGGAUCCCUGGAGAACUCGGCCCCGAGGCCCCCAGGGCCCCUGACCCUCCUCUCCGCCCUGGGCUGGCUGUGGUGGAGGAUGUAGGAAGAACCCAGAGCAGCUGCCUCCCGCUGCGGGGGGCCUGAGGCCGAGAGGGAGAGAAUAGGGGAGCAAGCGCCGUGGGUCUCGAGGGGGCAGAAGAGCUCUCGGCCACCGAGGAAGAAGAGAGGAGGAAGAGGAAGAAGAAAGAUCUUUAGAGAACCCAUCACUGUGAGGGAUAACGCAAAAUUAUGCAUCUUUCUACAGCCAUUCUCGCCACCCUUCACGUUUCCGAUUGUGACUCACCCCCGGCCACCCCACACCCCUCUCUUAGCUCAGGCUGUCGACCGGAUCGCGUGUGUGUAGUGGGUGUGUGUGAGCGUGAGCCCGCACGUGUGCGUCUGUGUGUGUGGGUGGGUGGGUAAGGAAGGGGGCUCAGCGAUCUUCCCUCCCCCGACGCCCCCACGUCCACCGCUCCCAGCCCUGCUGCCUCUCACCUCUGGCUGAGGUAGGUAUAAGGGCUUCGUGGUAGAAGCUGUGAGAUGUUUCCAGGCUCCCUGCUUUCCCGAUAUAUGCACGCACACCGCCCCGCCCCUCCCUGUUGAGAGGGUGUCUCUGGUGGCGACUGGGGAGGGGUGUCGCGCUCCCCUGUUGAGCUGUCAUUCAGCCUUUGCUAGCCGGUGGGGGAUCUCAUCUUGGCUCCGGGCCUCCCUGCUGUCAACCACCAGCUGCCUGCAGCCAGAGGCCCCAUCACUGGCUCAGCGGCCUGAGACCUUCCCACUUUCCCUGUCCCCCAACCCUGGACUUUCUGGCCCCCUCCUGGGCCAAUCGGUGCUUCCAUUUUACUGUCAGGCUGGUGCCUGUAGUCACCUGUCUGUCUCAGAGCUUUGCCCUGCCCACACCCCCCACUCCGCCCGCCACCUGCAGCGCCAGCCAGCUGCCCUCAGUGCCCCUGCAGCCGACCCACAGGUGUGGGCUUGCUGGCCUGCCACCCCCUGCCUCUCCACCAACUGUACCUCGCAAAGGCUGACCUGACCACCCUCACACACACUCAGAUAGACACACACACACACGCACCAGCGACUGUGACCAGCAAUAGCCCCCUGGCUCCAGCUGUCCUGUAGCUGGUGACCAGCUGUUGUUCACUCAAGGGUGGGCAACUGUCAUCGGGAGGGGGCGCUGAGAGGCUGCGACCUCAGCUCUGAUUGUAGGAAUACCCCACCCUGGCCACACCACAUCCCACAACGCGAGGGAGAGAGGCAUCACACAGACAUCCCCAGCCCAGAUCAAGAUGUCAAGGCACCAGCUCCAACUCCCAGGAGACCCUCUAUAAUCACCCACCCGGAACCACACCACCCAGAGCUUGGGGGGCACGAGGGCAGAGCAGGGGCUGGGGCAAGGGGCAGUGACUGUACCUCAGACAGGGGCGUGGGCCCCAUCCCACAUCGUCUUC